AUGAAACAAGAGUUGAUAGACGAAGCUCCUAUCGGUACUAUGGGUAUUGCGCAGGAAUCAGGUUGGAUGACAACAGCUGUAUUUUAUAAAUGGUUGGUGCACUUUCAGUUGCAUGUAAAAGCGAGUCUUGAUGACAAAGUGCUUUUAAUAGUUGAUGGACUUAUCAGUCAUAAAGGUAUUGAAAGCUUAACAUUCGCAAAAGAGCAUGGAAUCAUUAUGGUGUGCUUGCCACCUCACUGCACGCACCGCAUGCAACCAUUAGACGUAUCUUUCUAUGGUCCAUUGAAGACUUAUUUUAAUCAAGAAGUGAGCACUUGGUUAAAGAGCCAUCCAGGUAGAGUUGUUACUCACUUUCAAAUAGGCGCAAUACUCAACAAAGCUUAUGGCAAAGCAGCAACGGUUCAAACUGCCGUCAAUGGAUUUCAAAAAACUGGUCUCUGGCCUGUUGAUCCAUACAUAUUUCCAGAUUAUUUGUUUGAGCCUGCUGAGACGACAAACAUUCCCAUGCAACAAGAUCGGGUAGAGCCCGAAGAAGAUUCAACGGCAGCAGAAAACCUAUACAUACCCUCAGCGGGUCCAUCUCAGGUAGAAGCAGGGAGUUCGACAUCACUAAUAAUUGCAAGCACAUCAGCCGCAGACAACCCAAGUCCACUCUCAGUAGUCCAAUCUAGAGACACAGCUACUGCAAUACCUACGACACCCACAUCAUCUAAAUUGAUACUCCAAGAAAUAUCUCCAGUGCCAAAAGGAAUUUAUGUGGCUGGACAAGGAAAAGAAAGUUCGCAAGUGAAGCCCGGCGGCGGCUAA